AUGGCAGAAAAGGAAACCAUCCUCAAGAUCAGCAGGAACUUGAAAAAUGCUGUCUCUGCCAUCCUCCAGGGAUAUGGGGACGGGCAGGGGCCAGUGACAGACACCAGCGCUGAGCUACACAGACUCUGUGGCUGCCUGGAGCUGCUCCUGCAGUUUGACCAGAAAGAGCAGAGGAGCUUCCUGGGGGCUCGGAAGGAUUACUGGGACUUCCUGUUCACUGCCCUUCGGCGGCAGCGGGGCUACACAGAGCAGAUGAACUUCAUAUGCUCACAGGACAAGCUGAAGACCUCGCUAGGAAAAGGCCGUGCCUUUAUCCGACUCUGCCUUGCCCACGGACAGCUGGCUGAGUCCAUGCAGCUGUGCCUCCUGAACCCACAACUCACCAGGGAAUGGUAUGGCCCUCGGAGCCCUCUGCUGUGCCCUGAGCUCCAGGGAGACAUCUUGGACUCUCUCUAUGCCCUCAACGGAGUUGCCUUCAACCUGGACCUGCAACGGCCAGACCUGGAUGAAGCCUGGCCCAUGUUCUCAGAAUCCCACUAUUCCAGUCCCAGCCGGACCCGGGAAAGAAGACCCAGAAAACCCAAAGGUUUUCCAGAGGAGGUGAGAUGCUCCAAGGGAGAGCAGCUGCAGGGACCAGAGGCUGGAGGAACCAGCUGUCUUCAAGAUGCAACCACAGAAGACCUCCCACCUGACCUCUGUACCCCCUUGCAGCAAGACCAUCUUCCCACCUUUCUGGAAGAGAAGAGGGAGGAUUCCAGAAGCCUCAGCUGUCCCCAGAGCAUUUGGGAAACAGGAAGGGAAGGAUUUCGGCUAGACCAGGAGGGAGGCCCAAAGACCAGGAAAUUGCUGGAAAACUCAACAGCCAGCAUCCAGCAACAGAAGGGUGGGGCUAAGGAUGUUCAAAUGCAGCUGACAGGAAGGAAAGAUGAAGGAAAAGGAAGUCUGCCAGGGACGGAAGGUCGGAAAACAACAGAAGGGAUCCAGGAAAGGGCAGCAGAUUGGAACCAUGACCAGGAGCUGCUGGCCCCCAGCCUUCAGGGAAGGGAAGAAGAUGCAGAGUUAGGAUACAGGCAUGGGUGGGAUCAGCCUGGUGCUCUGGGGCAAUCCUGGGUCCUGGGAUCAAAGAAAGGUCCCACCACAGGGAAGCCACAAGAGUGGACAGGAGUAACCCAUGCAACCGUGCAGAAGGAUCAAACAGAAGUGCCCUUGCAGCAGGAGGUGAUCAAGGAGCCUGGGUACGGCCUCCAGCUGACAGAGGUACAGGCCCAGUGUCAAGAGCAGCUGCAGGCCCAGGAAGGAGAACUACAGGCACUCCAGGAGCAGCUCAGCAGGUGUCAGGAAGAAAGAGCCCUGCUACAAGCAAUGCUGGAACAGAAGCAGCAGGAGGCUGAGAGGAGGGCUGCCAUGUAUGAGAAGGAGCUUGAAGGUCAGAGGGACCUGGUCCAGGCCAUGAAAAGGAGGGUGUUGGAACUGAUUCAGGAGAAGGACCACCAAUGGCAGAGACUCCAACAGCUGUCUACUGUGGCCCCUGGACACUGCAUGGGCUGCAACAAGGUCUUCAGGCGGCUGUCUCGGCGGUAUCCUUGCAGGCUCUGUGGAGGCCUGGUUUGCCAUGCCUGCUCUGUAGACUACAAGAAGAGAGAGCGUCGCUGCCCAGCCUGUGCCCAGCAGGAAGAAAUCCAGGUCACCUGA